AUUACGUAAUCAAUGUCAUUUGACUUAUUCGAAAGUGUUUAUGUUUUUGGUGGAAGAAGCGGAAAUGGAGGGUUUACAAGAAUCUGAAAUGUUGCAAUCACCCAACGAAAAGUCGGAAAUGUAUAGUACAUUAUCGCAAAGCCAUUUAAUUGACGCUUCGGAUGUUACAAAACGGCGAAGUUCAAAUCGAUCGAUUAAACGCAAAAAAUUUGACGACGAAUUGGUUGAAUAUAGUCUAGGCUUGCCCGGAAUAAAUACAGUAAAGAGUAACCGAGCACGUACACAGUCUCAUUCCGACUUUUCCGUGGCCAGUCCUUCGACUCCUCCAAUCGUUACAACUCCCACAGUGAGUCAUACACCUGAUUUUAAGAGAAAGCCGGCGUCCAAAACUGUGACGAGCAGUUCGCGACGUAACAAAAAGGGGCGCCAGCAGAAUCAGUUUGCAACCAAAGAUUUGGGCAGGUGGAAGCCAACUGACGAUCUCGCAUUAAUUAUUGGAGUUCAACAAACAAACGAUUUGCGAACGGUACAUUUAGGUACCAAAUUUUCUUGCAAAUUUACUGUGCAAGAAUUACAACAGCGAUGGUAUGCUUUAUUGUAUGACCAAGCUGUGUCUCGCGUGGCUGUAUCAGCCAUGAGAAACUUGCACCCCGACAUGAUAGCCGCUGUACAGGAUAAAGCGCUCUGGAGUCAAGCUGAGGAGCAGAUUUUAAGUACUGUAAAAUCAAGCGCCAAUCCCACAAUUGAUGUAUUCGCGGAACUACUAGCACAAAACCCAGAUGUUUUUUAUCCUGGGAGAACAGCAAGUGCCCUAUUUAGGCACUGGCAAACUUUGAAAAUGUAUCAUUUGUUGCCUGAUCAAGUUUUGGGGCCACUGCCAACUUCAGGUCGUCCCAUAAUGACUUUUAACGAUGCUGAAGAUAUCAUUCAAGAUUCUGAGUUGAGUGAACCUCCAGAUGAGGCACUUGAUAGGGAAUUGAGAUUACAACAGAGGAAAAAUAUCAAGCAAAUCAGACAGUUGGAAAAUGAAGUUGGUAGAUGGAAUGUGUUGGUUGAUAGUGUAACAGGUAUCUGUCCUGGAGAGUUAGAUGGACAAACACUAGCAGUGUUGAGGGGUAGAAUGGUGAGGUACUUAAUGAGAAGCAAAGAAAUCAUCAUUGGAAGAUGUGCCAAAGGGUAUAAUGUUGAUAUCGAUCUUAGUUUGGAGGGACCUGCACAUAAGGUUUCAAGGCGUCAAGGAACCCUAAGAUUAAGAAACACAGGUGAAUUCUACUUGUCUUCUGAAGGGCGCCGUCCAAUUUUCGUAGAUGGUCGUCCAAUAACAGCUGGAAACAAAGUCAGAUUGUAUGACAAUGCAGUAGUUGAAAUUUCUUGCCUAAGGUUCAUUUUCUCUGUAAAUCACGACUUAAUUAGAACCAUCCAUGAUUCAUUAAGAUAUAAUGGACCAGCUUAGUUAAUUAAACAAGAGAUUUACCAAAAAAAUAUUUAUUCUUGAAUAAAGUGGUUAUUUUAAAAAUCCCA